AUGAAUGUACUAGUGUAUCCUAGCACACAUCCAGCAACUCCUUCCCUCCUACAGAUCCUUACUUCAAUACUCACCCCGCACUAUCUACCACAGUCACUAGCACCCUCUCAACUAUCCGUGCAAGAAUACCCAUGGCACACCUCCUGCGCCCUUCUCAUCCUCCUCUCCCCGCCCACAGAUCAUCCACCUGUUCGAAAAUACCUCGAGUCCGGAGGUAGGAUAUUAGCAUUCGGCGUCUCCGUCAGAAAAGGUUCUCUAUUCGGACUGCACGACUCAAAUCACGACUUUGGAUCACUAUCCGCGGGGCUUGGUUUGGGCAUGGUCAAGGACACGACUAUACUCAGAGUUGCUGAUGGAAACGCCUCCCUCUACAUCUCUUUUUCCACUGCUACAGGUACGAGCGCAGAUGUAUCGAUCGACACCACCACAGUAUCUGUAUCAAGACUACCCUCGGACCUCGACCCAAGUGAUGCACACAUCCUCGGUCGUUACGUAGACGCGCCUGCCGGGGUCUUAUCUCAAAGCGGGCUUGUCGCGAUGUGGAAUUGCAUCCCACCCCUUCCCGAUGUCCUGCUGUCACGAUCCAUGUCUGCACUUGGUCUGCGUUUCUCCGCGCAGAGAGCUGAUCCCGAUCUUCAGCCUCACAUUCUUCCCCAACUUCUUCUGGCUCGUCCCGAUUCGUGGGACGUGCAGCAUCGUGUCGUGGAGGCACUUCUCGAUCAUUUAAGACCUGGGUCAGCUCACCGUGACAACGAAUCUCAGCGCAAGCUGGAGCCCUUCGCGUUCGAAGAUGCCAACGACGAUUUCCAUUUCCAUUUCCCGUCCUUCCCUCCCGCAGACAGAACCGAUCACCCCAUACUUGAACUCAUUCCACAAAAUUCUCUUUCAAACCCGAAAGUAAAACACGUCCUCGUACCGCCGAAACCCCUAACUUCCGAAGACGAGAAGAUAUACACCCCACAAUUCUCUUCUUCUGCAUUCUUCCGCGCCAUCGACGAGUUCCGCUCAAGAACGGAAAACUUCGACCAAAGCCCGGACUCUUGGCGCAUCGGCGAUGCAUUCAUGUAUGGCGAAGUGGUCUCCAGCACACAAACAAUGUUUGACAAAAACCCAUCCUUCCUCCGUGCACUCCCCGCUCCUAUCGUAUCCCUCGCCACAGUCCAGUUGGCAGGACGUGGCCGAGGCGGUAACUCGUGGCUCUCCCCUGCGGGGUGCAUGCAGAUGUCGCUCAAGAUUCGCGUCGGCCUGAAAGGCUCUUCGUCAGUACCUGGCCCCUCCAUCCGCCCCUCCAUCCGCCCCUCCAACCUCGUAUUCAUACAAUACCUCUUUGCGUUAGCAGUCGUCGACGCCUGUCAGGCCCUAGACCCAAACUCACAAUGGGCGCACAAAGUCCGUCUCAAAUGGCCUAAUGACAUCUACGGCCUCUUCCCGUCCGACAAACCAUUAUCAAAACCAGAGCCAAGGAAAAUCGGCGGAAUACUAGUUAACACGAGUUUUGGCGGCGGCGUGGCUGAUGUGGUAAUCGGAUCCGGCCUCAACGUGCUGAACGAGCCACCAAUCGCCUCACUCGCUCAACUUGCUUCCUCUGGUACAUCUACGCCAGGGCUUUCUGUAGAACGCGUAGCAGCGGCAGUUCUCACAUCGUUUGACCGGUUAUGGAGUUCUUUCCUGGAGCGCGAGGAGCAGGGGUUUCAGCCAUUCAUGGAUCAUUACCUCAGGUCUUGGUUGCACACAGACCAACUCGUCACGCUCACCAAUAGAACUCCACACAGGAGUGUGCGCAUUGUUGGCAUCACUCCUGACCAUGGAUUGCUGCGCACAGUGCCGCUGAGUGGUGGAGAGUUCAUCGAUCUACAGCCAGAUGGGAACAGUUUCGAUAUGAUGAAGGGGUUGAUAUCGACAAAGAAGCAGUAAUCAUCUCGAGUGUAAUCGUAUCAGAGCAACAUAAGGAAUUCUUGAAUCGGCUACAAGCUAGAUCAUGCUUCAACUUUUACAACCGCUGAUGCCCCUUCACCGCCCGUACCCUUGAAGUUCAGCCACUCCUCGUAAUAUACGCACUCUUGUGGAUUUGUGGGCCCCUUUUCACGACAGAAGUCGAAUACAGGACAUCUG